CGCGGGCGGCAACCUUGAUCCCCUCCUUCCUCCCAGUCCCCACCGCCGCCACGAACCUGCUCCGACAAGAAGUCUGCUCAAGCCCGCUCCCAUGGUUCCCGUCAUCGACAUGGACUCUUUGCCCGUUCCGCCAGCCGAAGGCACCACCUAUAGAAAAAGGACUCGAGUCGCUCGAUCCAAAUCCCGGAUCAGACCGGAUCACGGCGGCGCCACGACAGGUUGCCGGUCUGCAGUCCUCCUCACGGGACAAGCUGCGUUCGCGGUGCGCUCUUGCUGCUUGCCGGCUUCGACGGGGUGGGCCGGGACGCCGCCCUUCCGCAGAUCCGCAAUCGAGUCGUGCGUCCAAUCUGCCGCCUCCCCUCGACGUCCACGGCUCUGUGCUCUUCCGUGUUCUCUCCUAGCGCAGGCUGUGGGGGCGCUACGCCGCUAUCUGCCGGCUCCUCAUACAAGAGCGAUGGACAAACUGAGCCCUGUGGGAAACAAUUGCAUCAGCUCAGCGACGUCCAGCGUUUCUCCUCUCGAUGUUUCUUUGCACGCCUCAUCUCCAAGCAUGAAGCCACGGCGAGAUGGUCUGGUCUUGGUACUAUGUUGAUAGCAAGGGUGCAAGGCUCAAGGGAAGCAGCUGGUUCUGUAGUUCUUUGUAUGCUUAUGGUAUCUUGGAUGAGGGUUACAAAUUCAACAUGUCAGUUGAGGAAGCUGCUGAGUUAGCAUGGCGGGCUUUUAUCACAAACUAUUCUGCGACAGAGCUAGUGGUGGCUGUGUUCCUGGUGAUGUUGGAGCCCAGGAGCUAGACGCCAUCGACGACGACUACUACCACUCCAAGGGUGCUUACUACUAUGUGCAGGCCGCCAACGACCAGGAGUACUUUAAGAGGAUCCCAGGCAGGAGGCCUGCACCUCUUCAAUCUGUAUUCCUGUUUGUGCUUGCUAUCUUAUGGCACCUUGUUUAACUUAUGUCUGUACUCAGAUUUUGUUGCUUCCGAUGACUUGUCUAUGAUCGACCUUAUGUAUUCAAGCCCUCGAGGC